AUGUUCGUGCGGAAUAUCUUGCAGCCGAUGCGGCAGUUGAGGAUGACAGAUAUGGAAUUCUUUGCCCUCAUUGCGUUGUGUUUCUACUCGCACGGGGCCGACGGCGGCACGCACGAUACGGAUCAGAAGACGAUGGAAGUACGAGACGCGAUUCUACGCGAGCUGACCCUCUACUACACCCGCUUCGCCUACUUCAAGGACUACCCCCUGCGAAUGGCCCAAGUCAUGCUCAUGCUCCCCUCAAUUCACCGCAUCACCACCCGAUUCCGCGAAGACUUCGAGAUCAACAAGCUGUUCAACACGGAUUUCGGCGACGAGAAAAUCUACGAUCUCAUCAACGGCAAAGAGACUUAC